ACAUCCAAGAUGGCGGACGAGUCGUGAGUUGAAGACACKGAUAUUCAAAAAUAUGUAUUUUCCUAUAGGAUGGCCUAAAUAUUAUAGUCCUAAAGAUGUGGAAUGUGGUGAGCUGUCUGCGUUGAAGUAUAAUCGGGAUCGAUCACUGCUCGCUGUCAUCUCUUCACACAGUGUUUGUGUGUGGAAUAAUCGACCAAGAGUCUUAAUUGUUACUAUAAGAAGGUCACCAAGUUCUCUAAAAGAAGUUGGRACAMAUGUUGCAGUCGCCUGGAGGCCAGAUUCCUCAGUCAUUGCUGUUUCUACUUCAGAAGGAAAGAUAGUUUUACUAGAGUUACAAAGAAGUAGCGAACAGCAAUUGUACAAGUCACAGAUUUUGAGCUCAUCCAAUCAUUAUCAAAGUCCUUAUCAAAAUGGAGUACCGGCAAUCAAGCUGGUUGAGAUUUCCAUCAUCACGAUAACUGGAGAUGUCACAUGUUUUGCCCCAAGAAAAGAUGAGUUGUUUGUAUGCAGUGGAAAAGGAUUCCUUCACAGGAUCACAUGGGAUGGAUACCUUGAGUCCAGUUACUCCAUGCCUGUCCAUUCCAUUCCUUUUACGAAUGACUUGCAGAAUAUUAGAGCUGUGCCACUAGAGUUAGAAGGUGUGUGCUUCAGAGCCAUGGAAUACAGCCCUUUGCUGGGCGGUUUUGCUGUGGUAUUGGCUGAUGGACGAGGAGGAUUUGUCUCUGCUGAAACUUCCAACUUUGAACCUGCUGAAAUGAUAGGUGUGUGGGCAAGAGAUCUUGAUUCUGCAACUUGUGUGGCAAUAAACCAUCGUUACAGAUUGAUAGUUUUUGGUUGUACCAAUGGAGCAAGUCUAGUGUAUGGAUUUGAUGACACAACAGGUGCCUUAGAACUAUCUCAYACCCUGGUACUAUCCAGCAAGGACUAUCCUGAUGCUAUUCAAAGUACAGGAGGUGUUCAGUGUCUGGCCUGGACACCAGAUGGCUGUGCUUUGGCUGUUUCCUGGUCAUGGACAUCCCAUGGAGGGUUAGCUGUCUGGAGUGUUUUUGGUUCUCUUUUGAUGUGUACUUUAGGAGGAGACUAUGGAAAUUCUCAGGAAGCAUUUUUGCACAAUCCAUUUCAUGUCAAGUCUAUGGGCUGGGGACCAGAGGGGUACAACCUGGUGAUGGUGUCGUCAGAAGAAGAUAAUGGAUGUACUGGUGAUAUCAUGCAGUUACAGUUUGUAAAAAGUACACUAGCUGUCAAUCCUUGYAUGAGCAAUCAUCGCCACCUUUUUCUUCAAAGUGAAGACAGUCUAUAUCUCAAUACYGGUGAAAUGGUCAGUGACUGUACCAAUAAUUUUAGAAAUACUAGCAAGAAUGGUACAACCACUUCGAUUGGUUCUUCAGAUGAAAAUGGUACAACACCAUUGAUUGGUUCAUCUGUAGGACCAAGUACUCUUGUCAGUAACAAACAGUGGAUCAUUAUACAAAUACCUGUGAAUUAUUUGGAAAAUAACUGGCCUAUAAGGUAUGCUGCUGUUCAUCCAACUGGUUCACAUGUUGCUAUUGCAGGCAAGGCAGGUAUUGCUCACUAUGCUCUGCUUACCAGGAAAUGGAAGCUCUUUGGUAACAUCUCACAGGAACAAACUAUAAUCUGUCGUGGUGGUUUAGCUUGGUGGAAAGAUUUCAUCGUGGUUCCAWGUUACAACAGUCAUUCAAGUAGUGAUGAAGUCCGGUUUUAUCCCCGUACUUCUAAUCUUGACAAUGCAUUUGCUGUUAGCGUAAAGCUUCCUGCGCCAGCCUUUCUAGUGAACGUCUUUAGGGAUUUACUUCUCGUCUACUGCUCAGACUGUAGAGUCGUGUUUUACUCAUUGGAACGAAUAAAGACUAGUAGUUCUGACGCAAGCAUAUUAGUAAGCCGACUUCAAGAGUUUUCAUUAGCCAAUCACGUGCCUCACCCGUUAGCUGUUAUCCACGUGACACUCACUUCACAGUAUUCAGAGUCCGGUAACCUAGACGGUCUUGAGGCARUAGAAUCCUUGAUAGCAAAUGUCGGUGGCUGGUUAUUGAUGCUUCAGAAGGACAAAGCAAGUCCUGAGAAAGACAAAAAGUCUAAAAAGGCGCCGUUUUGUCUGCCGGUGAUUCUCGCRUCUUGCGUGGAAAAUAUUUGGACCUCCACGACAUCAAGUGUAAAUAAAAGACAUUUAAUGGARGCGUUGUGGUUGGGCUGUGGUGCACAGGGGAUGAAGGUUUGGUUACCAUUAUUCCCUGGUAAUGAUCAAAAACCACCCAACUUCUUGUCCAAAAGAGUGAUGUUACCUUUUCAACUGAAUAUUUACCCCUUAGCUGUGUUAUUUCAAGAUGCCGUGGUAUUGGGUGCUGCAAACGAACCUAUGCCUUUAGACUGCAUGUCACCAAACCCUGCUUCCUUGUCACCUCAACCUUUUCCAUUCUGUACCCUGGAAAGAACAACUCAAGUCUAUCUUCACCAUGUGCUGAGGCAGCUCUUACGAAAAAACCUUGGCCAACAAGCCCUCGAAAUUGCCAACACAUGUACAGAUCUCCCAUACUUCCCACAUGUUCUUGAACUGAUGCUUCAUGAAGUACUGGAAGAAGAAGCCACGGCCUCUGAACCCAUACCAGACCCAAUGCUUCCACAGGUAGUGAGAUUCAUUCAAGAAUUUCGUCAGUACUUAGAGACUGUUGUCCACUGCGCCCGAAAGACCGAGGUAGCACUUUGGAGUUAUUUGUUCUCGGCUGUUGGAAACCCAAGAGAUUUAUUUAAGGAAUGCCUCAGUUCUGGUCGCCUUCAAACUGCUGCGUCAUACCUUAUCAUCUUGCAAAACCUCGAACAUCCUACCGUCAGCAAACAGCACGCAACUAUUCUUUUGGACAAAGCUUUGGAAUUAUGCCAAUGGGAGACCUCGAAGGAUCUUGUACGAUUUUUACGGUGUAUCAGCGAAGGAGAACUAGACUCGCCACCAAGAACACCCACUUGUAGGCCACUACAUUCCCCACCUCAYCCUACCAUGACUACAGUUGACGAUGAAGAUAUGGCAUUCUCGUUUUCGGUAAGCCCUCAGUCCCGCGGGUCAAAGCCUACAACUCGCGGGACCCUAUCAAGAGGAAGUUCAGUCGACAAAACUCAUUCGGCACGAACACAGUCUCUGGAGAAGACACCAAAGCCUAGUUCACAUGACAGCGUCAGUCGCUCAAAGAGUGGGUCAGUUUCGUCAGCGGACGCGAGGUCUAGUUGCGACGUCGAUUCAGCAGAAAACUACUUCAUUGACAGCAUCCUCAACAGACAUGCGCGUUUAUUGUUAUCAKCCAAUAGGCUGCGAGAUCUUGGUCGUUUUUCUGCACACGUUGAUUUUCAAAUAGUUCCAUGGCUCGUAAAAGAAAGAAAUCGAGCUGCACGAGUAGAAGGCUACGUACAAACACUACUUUUCGUUCAUCGCCAAUUUGAUUUACAACUGCCAUCCAUCACCCAACCCACCAUAACUGUACAGUCACCGCAAUCACACCAACCUGGACCACGAAUCAGUCGUCUUGCGUCUGCAUCUUCGUCAAGCACUCGUAGCAGCCGACAAGGUCUCGACGAUGAUGCUCUUGUUGAUGACAUCGAAGAAGGACACGAGAUCGAAGAGACGGCGCACUUGCAUCCGCCUAGAGUUGAAGAAAUCGACCGUCUCAGUGCAACUCAAUCAGAAACGAGCUCGUUGGCGUGUUCUGCUGAUGAGGAGUACGUGUGGGGCGGCCAGGAGAUUGGAUUCAUUGAUAUUGCUCAAAUAAGAGAACAGUUAGCAUUUAGUGGAUGUCAACAGUCGUUAAAAGAAGUGAGAUUUCUCCUAAAAAUCUUUAUCGAGGCCUCAUGCUAUGAUUGGUGGUUUCUUUUGGCCCUAGUAUUGCGUGACGCYAAUUCCAUUGCAGAAUGCAUCAAUAAGGCUAUCACACUCAAAGAUGUGACGACCGAGGCACUAAGUCGAUUAAAUGAGGGAAUAAAAGCUUUAGAAGCCUGGAGCGAACGAGAGUGUAUUGGUUAUAGUUUGUUUCUGAGUCUUCAAAAGCCUCAGUUCCAGACCGUAGCGGAUGCCAUCACAGCUGYAAAAGCGAAGACCCCUGAGCGCAAAGACAGUAACCCCACCGUGGAACCAGCUCGUCAAACACCUCGAACAAGUACGAGCGAGGAWGAUAAAAUAAUCGAGGAGAAGGAUGAAGUUGGAAAUGAUGAGGAGAAAGAAGAAGAAGAAUCGAGUGAAUGUGUUUUGUCUUGAAUAAAGAUCGAGAAAAUCAUGUGCUUCAAAUGCGUGACAACAUUUCAUCAUCGUACCGCUGACUAUGAAAUAUUUUUAUUGCAUUAUUGUAGGUUUAUUUUUCGAAUUUUACCAAAUUAUAAAUAAAAUAAUGAAAUGUUAACUAGAAAUGGCAUAAAUCAUGUAAUAUAUAUUCCAAUUAAUAUUAAAAAU